CAACCCAUUCUCAGUCUGCCUCUCCUCUUCGUCAAGACCACAACCAGCAGUCGUCGUCUCAAUUUCCCAGGAUCUAGUUAAUCUCACUUGGUCCACAGAUUAUUCCUCGUCUAUCCACCUCCGGUAUCCACCAUGGUUAUCGAGCAGAAAUUCAAAGUGGGUGAGGAACCCGACCCCACGGAGUACCUAUUCGUGUCCAUGGAGCAGAAAAUGAAGGAUCAAUCUAAACCUUACGAUGCAAAAACUUCAUGCUGGGUCCCCGACGAGGCGGAUGGGUUUGUCAUCGGAGAAAUAAAAGGGACCAAGGGCGACCUGGUCAUCGUGGACAUCAAGCAUGAAGAGAAAUUCUUCAAAAAGGAUCUCGUUGCACAAGUCAAUCCUCCGAAAUACGAAAAAUCAGAGGACAUGUCGAACCUCACGUAUUUGAGCGAUGCAUCCGUUCUGCACAAUCUAAAGCAGAGAUAUUAUGCACGACUCAUUUAUACAUAUUCCGGUCUCUUCUGUGUGGCUAUCAACCCCUACAAACGCUACCCGAUCUACACCAUCAGGGCCAUGAAGAUCUACCACAACAAGCGACGGAAUGAAGUGCCCCCACACAUCUUCGCCAUUGCUGAGGGUGCAUAUCAAAACAUGAUGACAGCACAGGAAAAUCAGUCCAUCCUCAUAACAGGAGAAUCUGGAGCUGGGAAAACGGAAAAUACAAAGAAAGUUAUUGCAUAUUUUGCCCAAGUGGGUGCAUCUGCUAAAUCUGCUGAGAAAAAGGUAUCACUUGAGGACCAAAUUGUACAGACGAAUCCUGUACUCGAAUCUUUCGGAAAUGCUAAAACUACGCGUAAUGAUAACUCCUCCCGAUUCGGUAAAUUCAUCCGAAUUCAUUUCGGACCCACGGGAAAACUUGCCGGUGGUGACAUUGAGAGUUAUUUGCUCGAAAAGGCUCGUUGCAUCUCUCAAAUGCCGCUAGAACGAUGCUAUCAUAUUUUCUACCAAUUACACACCGGUGCCAUUCCGGGACUUAAGGACGUACUUUUCCUCGGCCAAGAUAUUUAUGUCUACCCAUUUGUCUCACAAGGCAAAGUGACCGUGCCCUCGAUUGACGACUUUGAAGAAAUGAAAAUGACGCAUGAAGCUUUCGAGGUACUUGCCUUCCCCGAUGAAGAGAGGACAAAUAUCUACCGAGUCACUGCUUCCUGCAUGCACAUGGGUGCGAUGAAAUUUAAACAGAAAGGUCGCGAAGAACAAGCUGAGCCUGAUGGUCUUGAGACUGGAACUUGCGUCGCUAAACUUCUUGGCGUAGAUGGUGUCGAACUAUACAAGAACAUAUGCAAACCAAAGAUCAAGGUCGGCUCUGAAUUUGUAACAAAGGGAAUGAAUGUGGCCCAGUGUGGCUACACUCUCGGAGCUAUGACGAAAUCCAUUUACGAUCGUCUCUUUAAAUAUCUCAUUCGACGAUGUAACGAUACUUUGGACACCAAGCAAAAGAAAAGUUCUUUCGCUGGAGUUUUGGACAUUGCUGGUUUCGAAAUCUUUGACGAGAAUGGGUUUGAUCAGCUCUGCAUCAACUUCACUAAUGAAAAACUACAACAAUUUUUCAAUCAUCACAUGUUCGUCCUAGAGCAGGAAGAAUAUAAAGCUGAAGGCUUGGAUUGGACGUUUGAAGAUUUCGGAAUGGAUCUACAGGCUUGCAUCUCACUGAUGGAAAUGCCCAUGGGUGUGUUUGCCAUUCUGGAGGAACAGUCUCUAUUUCCAAAAGCAACUGACUUAACCUUCAUUGACAUGUUGAAAACUAAUCUACUCGGAAAAUCGCCAUGUUUCUGCAAACCAAAGCCCCCAAAGCCGGGUCAGAAGGAAGCACAUUUCGCCGUUGCCCACUACGCCGGAACGGUGCCUUACAAUGUCAACGGAUGGUUGGAGAAGAAUAAAGAUCCAUUGAAUGAUACCGUCGUAGAUCAGUAUAAGAAAGGUGCCAAUCCUUUAGUAGUUAUCCUUUAUGCGGAUCAUCCAGGUCAAUCAGCGGCACCGGAAGCGGAUGGCGGAAAGGGAGGAAAAGGCGGUGGAAGAAGCAAGGGUGGCAUGAUGAGAACUGUCAGCUCAAAUUAUCGAGAGCAACUUAACAAUUUGAUGACUACUCUGCGUGCUACUUAUCCUUCAUUUAUUCGAUGUAUUAUCCCUAACGAGGUGAAGACUCCAGGUCUAAUUGAUUCUCACCUCGUUAUGCACCAGCUCACCUGUAACGGUGUGCUGGAAGGUAUCCGAAUUUGCAGGAAAGGUUUUCCAAAUCGAAUGCUGUACAAGGACUUUAAGCACAGGUACAUAAUCCUCGCCGUGGAGCAAAUGCGUGCAAAUGAGAAGGACGACAAGAAAAUGGCGAUGGCCUGCUUCACCCAGAUUGAGCUGGACCAGGACAAGUGGAGAGUUGGUCAUACCAAGGUUUUCUUCCGCGCUGGCGUCCUCGGUUAUCUGGAAGAACUAAGAGAUGAGAAAGUGUCCAAGAUCGUAACUUACUUGCAAGCCAACAUACGGACAUUUCAGUCGCGAAAAGAAUACAAGAGGUUGAUGGACCAAAGGGCAGCACUUCAAGUUGUACAACGUACCCUCAAGAACUACAUGAAAAACAAGAAAUGGCCAUGGUUCAAUCUUAUGCAACGUGUGAUUCCACUUUGUGCUGGAAACAAAGAGGCUCGAGAACUCAAGAAACUUCAAGAGAAAACUGCGAAAAUGGAAGAGAUGCAGAAGAAAUUGGAAGAAACUCGAAAAUCCCAGGACGAGAAAAAUGCAAAAAUGAAGGCGGACAAAGAAGACUUGGAACGACAACUGGAAGCAGAAUCAGCCAAGAGUGGUGAUUUAUCAGCCCGUCUGCAGAAAGUGAACGCUGCGACGGCUGAUCUGCAAUCCGAGCUGGAAUCAUUGCAAAGUUCUCUCGCAGAGGCUGAAGAAGACCGACAACGCCAAGCCGUAGCCAAGAGGAAGACGGAGCAAGAGGUGGCUGCAAUUCGAAAAGAGGCCGAAGACGUAGAAUUAAGAUUAGCUAAGGCAGAGCAAGACAAAGCUACGAAAGAUCACCAACUUCGCACCCUUAAUGAUGAAAUGUCCAGACAGGAUGAACUUAUUAACAAGCUACAAAAAGAAAAAAAACAAAUGGCAGAACUUUCCGGCAAAACUGGUGAAGAACUCCUCAGCGCAGACGAGAAAGUCAACCAUUUGAACAAAGUCAAGACAAAACUUGAGCAAACUUUGGAUGAGUUGGAGGACUCUCUAGAGCGAGAAAAACGAUUGAAGACCGAGUUGGAAAAGGCCAAGCGGAAGGUGGAAGGCGACCUAAAACUAACUCAAGAAGCACUCAAUGAUCUUGAACGCAAUAAAAAAGAGCUCGAACAAACUAUUCAACGCAAGGACAAAGACAUUCAGUCCCAAACCCUAAAACUGGAGGAUACUCAAUCUCUGGUAGCAAAAUUACAAAAAGCUGUCAAAGAGUUGCAGGCACGAAUUGAAGAGCUUGAAGAGGAGCUCGAAGCUGAGCGUCAAGCCAGAUCGAAGGCAGAGAAACAACGAUCUGAUCUUUCGAGAGAAUUGGAAGAAAUCCAAGAACGUCUUGAUGAAGCGGGUGGUGCUACGGCUGCACAAAUUGAACUCAACAAGAAACGUGAAGCCGAGCUAGGCAAAUUGCGACGCGAUCUCGAGGAAUCCAAUAUUCAACAGGAAGCUGCCCUCACUCUCAUCCGUAAAAAGCAAAACGAUGCUGUAACUGAACUCGCUGAACAAAUCGACACUCUGAGUAAAAUGAAAAUCAAAGCUGAACGAGAUCGUGCUGCCAUGACCAAUGAAAUCAAUGAAGUACGCUCUGCUAUGGACCAAAUCACAAAUGAAGCCUCCGCACAAGACAAACUCAACAAAAUGAUGCAAAAUCAACUCUCCGAAAUCAACUACAAAUUUGAGGACGCCCUUCGAACCUUGGGAGAUAUGGAAGACAGCCGUAAAAAACUGUCUCUCGAGAACUCUGACCUUUCCAAACAAAAGGAGGAUGCUGACCAACAAAUUACAGAACUAUCAAAAAUUAAGCUUGAUCUGGCUACUCAAUUGGAGGCGGCUAAGCGACACUGUGACGAGGAGGCUCGUGACCGUUCCCUACUUUUGUCCAAGUUCCGUAAUGUGGAAGCGCAAGUAGACUCACAGCGACAGGCAGUUGACGAAGAGGCGGAAGGGAAAGCCAAUCUGUCCCGGGUGUCUGCAAAAUCCAAUGCUGAAGCACAACUAUGGCGUCACAAGUAUGAGGUUGAAGGUGUCGCUAAGGCGGAAGAGUUGGAGGAAAGCAAACGCAAGUUGCAAGCUCGAUUGGCUGAAUGUGAGGAAGUUAUUCAGAGUCUGAAUGAGAAGGUAACUUACCUCGAAAAAAGCAAACAACGCCUCGCCACCGAGGUUGAAGAUCUUCAGUUGGAGUCGGAAAGAUUGAAGAGCUUGGCGAACCAAUUGGAGAAGAAACAAGCCAUGUUCGACAAAACCGUCGAGGAAUGGAGUGGAAAAGUGGAUUCACUGUCCGUUGAAUUGGACUCAAGCCAGAGAGAAUGCCGCAACUAUUCAACCGAGCUGUUUAGGCUGAAAGCACUUUACGAAGAAUCCACCGAACAAGGCGACACUAUCCACCGUGAGAAUAAAGCACUUUCUGAAGAAAUUAAGGACCUAAUGGAUCAAAUCGGGGAGGGAGGUCGUGCCAUUCAUGAGAUGGACAAGGCCAAACGCCGCCUCGAAUCCGAAAAGGAAGAAUUGCAAUGUGCUCUUGAAGAAGCAGAGGCGGCUUUGGAGCAAGAAGAAAGCAAAUUACUCAAAGGACAGCUUGAGCUUUCUCAAGUCAAACAAGAUAUUGAACGUCGCAUCCAAGAGAAAGAAGAAGAAUUUGAAAAUACUCGAAAGAACCACCUCAAAACUUUGGAAGCACUUCAAGGUCGUCUCGAGGAAGAAGCGAAAGCCAAGGCUGAGGCGCUCCGAAUGAAGAAAAAAUUGGAAUCGGACAUUGCUGAGUUAGAAUCUGCUGUGGAAUCCGCGAACGAGGCUGUACUCAAGUCUCAGCGAACCAUCAAACAGUACCAAGCCCAACUUAAGGAACUGCAAGGUGCUCUCGAAGCGGAAACGCUGGCUCAUGAGGAAACCAAAGAUGCCCGUCUUCAGGUUGAACGACGUGCAAAUGCCCUUGCCAACGAGCUAGACGAGUCUCGCACCCUGCUUGAACAAACUGAUCGGGCACGUCGUGAGGCAGAAAAGGAGUUGGCUGAGGGACAUGAGUCCAUUCUCGAGCUGGAAGCACAAGCUGACUCUCUUUCAAGCAACAGGAGGAAACUUGAAGCCGAACUUCAAACUCUGCACUCUGAUCUUGAGGAGAUUCUUCGAGAAGCCAGAGCUUCUGAGGAAAAGGCCCAACGAACCAUGUUGGAUGCAGCACGUCUUUCUGACGAACUUCGUGCCGAACAAGAACACGCCCAACUAAUGGAAAAAGAGCGGAAAAGCAUGGAGUUGAUGUUGAAGGAUCUUCAAAUUCGAGUGAAUGAAGCUGAAGCCAAUGCACUCAAGGCUGGGAAAAAGACGAUUGCUAAACUGGAAGAACGAAUUCGUCAAAUCGAGGCAGAGCUUGACACGGAGCAGAGACGACAUGGGGAUGCCCAAAAGAACUUGCGAAAGGGCGAGAGGCAGAUCAGGGAACUGACUUUCCAAGCAGAUGAGGACCGCAAGAACCAUGAAAGAAUGCAGGAUUUGGUGGAUAAACUCCAACAGAAGAUCAGAUCCUUCCAAAGACAAAUUGAAGAAGCGGAGGAAAUUGGGGCAAUAAAUCUCUCAAAGUUCCGGAAGGCACAGCAGGAGUUGGAGGAAGGAGAAUGCCGAGUGGACAUGGCGGAGCAGAUGCUGGCGAAGCAAAGGGCUAGGGCUCGUGGUGAAUCCAUGCAAAGGGCCCAGGCCCAAUAGCGUGGACCACAAGGAUGGCUUGGCAGCAUGUACGACAGUACAACUUUGACAUGAUGGAGGCAGUUCUAAAUUUACGAUGUGAAUAAUUCUCUGAUUGGUAGUAGAGUUGGUUGAACGAUAAAAAUAAAACGUGCUGUGCAUUCAGCUAAGCAUCUUUUAAAAA